AGUUCGUCUCUAGGAGCGAUUGAUAAGGGAAGAAUGAUACGCGAUACAGGCUCUAAUGGAGUCGGAGCUGGAGUGGAAGAAGAGAUUUCUCAAGAGGAGGGUCACCAAAUAAUGGAUCCUACAAACAGAAAGGUUACACUUUCAGGACCCAGUGGGAGGAGUUUAGAUCUCUCACUUCAAAUACCCCCUAGAUCAGUAGGUCUUAGCAAUAGCUGUGGUGUAAAUGGUCUACUGCAGUCUCAAAAUUCCUUCAAAGGUGGUUUUUCUCCAAGAGGUUUCCUAAGAGGGGUAAGCUUCAAGCACAAGGCAGCUGCACCUGAUGGUGAGAGAAGAUACCUCCUGAAUCCAGACCCUAGAGCUGUUCCUGAGAGCUCUGACAUGGCCAAUUCUUCUGCAAAACCCUCUUGUAAGAGAUGUGUUUCCCUCCCUGUUACACCAGCAUCGAUGUUGUCGCCUUCACUUUCUACCCAGACUACAGGAAGAAAAUGUGUUGAGCAGCAGAAAUCAUGUCUAAAGAAAGGGGAAGCUACAGUCAAGGUCGCAAGGUCUUUGUCUGUUCCACUGCGGAAUGUUGUUAUUGUGAGAUCGAUGUCCUUUGCCUCCCAUAAAGAGCACUCACAAGUAGAUUGCGGUGAUGGCCAAGUAACUCCCAUUCAUAUGGAAGAUGAGGAUGAAGAGAUUCCUGAAGAGGAAGCAGUUUGUAGGAUCUGUUUAGUUGAAUUGUCUGAAGGGGGAAACACACUCAAAAUGGGGUGCAGUUGUAAAGGUGCUUUAAGACUUACACACGAAGAAUGUGCGGUGAAGUGGUUCAGCAUCAGAGGAAAUAAACAGUGUGAUGUCUGUGGGCAAGAGGUUCUCAACCUACCUGUAACUUUGCUUAGGGUACAGAGUGCUGUUCAAAGGGCUAACAGACAAGUGAACAACAGACAGAGUUCAAAUUCACAAUCAAUAAGUGCCUGGAAGGACUUGGUGGUGCUUGUCUUGAUUAGCACAAUAUGCUAUUUCUUCUUCCUUGAGCAGCUGCUGGUUCAUGAAAUGAAAUCUCAAGCAGUACUGUUUGCAGCACCAUUUUCAAUCACACUGGGUAUUAUGGGAUCAGUUUUUGCAGUCUCCCUUGCAAUCAAAGAAUAUACAUGGACAUAUACGGCUCUUGAAUUUGUAUUUGUGGCUGUAACUCUUCACCUUUUCUAUUCCUUGCUUCACUUGAAACCAGUGUAUUCCAUUCUGCUUUCAUCAUUUUUGGGCUUUGGAAUUGCGAUGGCCGUGAACUCCCUAUAUCUUCAUAUUUAUGCAUGGCGAGUUCAGGUGACACUGACUCCGGGCAACUCUAAUCUGGCCUGAUAAAGAGAGAAAUGAGGUUCAUCACUUCGUAUGUACUUACAAGCUCAUGUUUUAAAGGAGAUUUACUUGGGCAAGUUACUAAGUUAGACAAGCCAAUAUAAAGGAGGAUACAAAAUACUGGUAAAUGUUCGACAAUAGUCCAUCUUCCC